CCCGCCCCCUCCCGGAAGCGCGCGCCCCGCGCGGCCAUGGAGGAGUUCCGGCGGGGCUACGCGCGGCUCUGCCCGGUGCCGCAGGGCUCGGUGCUGCGCCGGCUGCGGGACCCCACCGGGCCGCCGGGCAGCGCCCGCCUGGACCUAACGACGCUGGGGCUCUCGCUGGAGACCUGCGGGGCGCUCGGGCGGCUGCUGCCCGGAGCCGCGGCCUUCACCGAGGUGGCGCUCGGCGACUGCGGCCUCAGCGAGGAAGGUGUAAAGCUUCUGUUGCACGGGCUUUGCUCCAACACCACAGUCAAGUCUUUAGAUCUGAAGGGAAAUAACCUGCGAACCGUGGGAGCUGAGGCUUUGGGAAAACUUCUUAGGCAGAACAAAUCCAUCAGGAGCCUAAUCUUGGAAUGGAACAGCCUUGGCGUGUGGGAGGAGGGCUUCUCCUUUUUCUGCCAAGGUCUGAGAGCAAACAACGUCCUCCAGAAGCUGGAUCUGCGCAAUAACCAGAUCAACCACCAAGGGGCUGGAGAGCUGGCCAUGGCACUGAAACAAAACGCCAGUCUUCAGGAGCUGGAUCUGCGUUGGAAUAAUAUUGGGCUUCUGGGUGGCCGAGCUUUGCUGAACUGCCUGCACAGCAACAGGACGCUGAAGAGGCUGGAGCUGGCUGGGAACAACGUUCCUAGUGACAUCCUGAAGGCCGUGGAACAAGCCAUGAAUCACAACCAAGACCGUCAGGCUAUCCUGAACGAGACCCAGAACCGAACCUACAUACUCAGCAAGGAGGUUAUGAGUCUGAAGGAUGAGAAGACCAAGCAGUUCUUGGAUUUGAUGGACACUAUAGACAAGCAGAGAGAAGAAAUAGCCAGGAGUGGCAGGAUGUCUGCAGCACGAGUCACCCAGCUGCAGGAAGCGUUGGAUGAGCAGCACUCCAUUAUGAAUUCACUGAAAGCCAAGCUGCAGAUGACUGAGGCUGCCCUGGCCCUCUCUGAGCAGAAGGUGCACGGUCUGGGGGAGCUGCUGAAUGCCACCAAACAGGAACAGACCACCAUGGCCGAGCGCCACUUCGCAGAGCUCCAGCAGCAAAAGCAGGAAUGUGCUGAUCGAGAAGACAAGCUUUUGCGUGAUUUGUCUGCUGCCACUGACAAAAAUCUGCUUCUGAGAAACCAGGUGGAUGAGCUGGAGAAGAAGUGCAAAGUUCAGCAGGAUCAGCUAUUCCAGGUGAAACAAGACUUGACCAACACAACGGCAGAGCUGAAGCUGCGGGUUGCACAGGCUGAGGAACGCCUGGAAAUGGAGAAGAAGAGAUUUAAACAAAGCCUUGAAGACGUGGAAUCCCUUCGGUUAAAAGAGGUGGAUCAUAUGGCACAGCACCUCGAGGCCAGUGAACGCUCCAUGCAGGACAGGAUCCAGAGGCUGGAGGCCAUCAGGAUAGCGCUGGAGGAGGAGCUGAGCCAGGUGAAAGCAGCUGCGCUCACCGAGCGAGGGCAGGCAGAGGAGGAGCUGAUGAAGGUCCGGAGCCAGGCACGGCUGGAGGAGCAGCAACGACUGGAACACCUAGAAGAGAAGCUGCGGCUGAUGACUGAGUCUCGGGACGAAGCUCAGAACUGCUGCCUUAAGCAGAAACAAAUGGUUGCUGAUGCCCAGGCCAAAGCCAGUCAGUUGAGCCUGCACGCUGACGGGCUCAGGAGGCGGCUGGAGCAACUCCAGCAGGACCUGAACAGUAAAGAAGAGGAGAAAGUGAUAGAGGUGAAUAAAGUGAAAGUGGAGUUGCAGGAGCAGAUUGGACACCUGCAGGCUGAGCGCACAGCACAGGAAGGGCUGAGAGAGAAGAUUGCAGCCCUGGAGAGACAGCUGAAAGCCCUAUCAAGUAAUCACCGCGAGGCACUGCUGGACAAAGAGAGUGAAAUCUCCAUGCUGCUGGAGAAGCUGAGAAUGAAAGAGGCUGACAUCUCCAGGAUGAGGGAAGAAGAGGCCCAGCGAGCAAGUUUCUUGCAGAAUGCCAUCAUGGCCUAUGUGCAGGGCUCCCCCUUGGGAACCCACACUUCUCGGAAAUGAGAGCAUCCUUAAAGAACCCAGGUACCUGCUGUCAGGAAGAGGGUGAGCAACUCAGGUACAGCCCAUUCAUUCUAAGUUGGGACAGUUUUGUCGUGGUGGGGUGACACAAAGGCUUGCAGACACAGAAAAUCGCUGUCGCUCUUCAGAAACCUUGCUCCCGACUGCAUAAAGGAGAGGAGGAAACGACCAGCCGGGGCUGGGACACAGCCUCGUGGCUCUGAGUUCGUGAUGUGGAGCUCUGCCCCUGCACUGCUGCAGCGUUUGAAGUAGUUUCUGUGUCCUUUUACACAGCGCCUGUCUGUCAGCAUCCCACCCAGUUGUUACUGGGAGGGGGGUUGUAUGUCUCUGGGCAGUGGUCAUUCUGAAGCAUUCAUUAGGAUGGCAGGGCUGCGCACAGCAAAACACGAUAAAGGAUGGGCAGCAGUAGGUGUGAGCCGUGGAAUUCGCUCACGAGGUCCCGAGGCUGCUGGAAACACCAGGUCUAACCCCUGUGGUGUUACACCCAGUCCUCACCGGUGGAAGAAGGGGCUGGCAGGGCCCUUCCCCUGCCCCUCCGUGGCUCUGGCUGUGGUGAUGGGCAGUAGAUGUGCAUUCCUUAUAUAUAGAAAGAGCUCUGUGGGGGGGACGCUGCUGUGCGGUUGUCUCUCCAUACCCUGGUUGGACUCCUGGGCUUUGGGCAUGGUUCAAGGCCCGACAACAGUGACUGGCACGGAAAGGGGGGCACGGUGUUGGGGGCAGCGUCGGUGCUUCCUCACUGUGAGCUGCAGCCCUUGGCUGGAGGAAGUUCUGGUGGCCUAAAUGCAAGAGGAUUUCAUUCCACUGUGACAAAUGGCAAAACUGUCCUGCUGGCUCCUCGGGGCUCUGGGUCCAAGUGCUGUUUUUGGAGGAGCGAUGCUUCAGACUUGCUGCUGUGGAGCUCCUUCUCGGAGCACAAAGGAGGGGAGAAGGUGCUUCCUUUUCCUGGCAGCUCUGGUCCUCAUGUGGCACGGAGAAGGGGAAGGGAUGUGAGAGUCUGAAUCGGAGAAAACGGAGACUUCUGUCAGGACAGAGCCUCCUGUGAGUUUCCCCAUGAGUCUGGGGUGGAAGAAAUGAACUUGCAGUACGUAUUCAAAGAGGCAGCUGGAAAAUGAAGCUUUCUGUGUGGACUGGUUGGUUUGUGUUUGUGUUUUUUUUCAUAUUGGGUUUUGCUCUGCUUUUUUUUUUUUUUUUUAAUAAAAGAGAUUUUCAUUUUGCCAUAACACGGGCAGUG